AUGGGCGUACGAUUUGCCGUCGCAAAUAACAGACACGGCUCAAAUUUGGCGAGAACACCGUCAAGCACGGCGCUUCUUAUAUCGAUCUUCAUUAACAAAGCUCAAUACUACAUCGCCGAAAGAGACCCUAUGUUUACGGUUCAGACCGCCUUCCUUCCCCUCCGCCCCUUAUUCCCUUACACGUUAUUACCUGGCGCUUUAUGGCCGUCUCGAGACGUGCCAGCUGCCAAGACGGUGGGGCACAGCUGGUCUCCUUAUCAGCGCGCAACCGUCAAAUCUUCAACCCUCGCUCGG